AUGGACAUCAUCCUCAGGUUCCAAACAAACAGAAAGGCAUUUAUUGAGGAUACCGAAAAGGCAUUCCUUAAUGUAUCAGUUGCAGAAAAUAAUAGAAAUGUUUUGAGAUUUCUCUGGGUCGACGACAUCAAGAAGAAAAGACCUGAAGUUGUUGUGGUGAGGUUUUCCAGGGUUAUAUUUGGUGUGUCAUCCAGUCCCUUCCUGCUCAAUGCAACAAUCAAACAUCAUAUGGAGAGAUAUGAAGAGGACGACCCGGAAUUCGUGAAGACUUUCCUAAGGAGAGACAGAGCUGAUGAAGAGAACCUCAAAGUAACUGUGGUUAAUGACGACACUCAGAUGUUGGUUUUUGAGGAUGAACAGUCCUACACCAAGAGUACACUUGGAGGCAUGCAAGAUGAUGAUAAGUCUUCACAGAACAUUCUCGGAGUUCAGUGGAACUUUGUUGAAGACCAGUUGAAAUUUGACAUCGGUUCUAUAGUCAAGCAAGCCUCGGAGAGCAUUCCCACUAAAAAGAACAUUGCCUCAAUUGCUGCAAAAUUCUAUAAUCCCAUUGGUUUUCUGUCCCCAGUUGUUGUACAGUUAAAACUCUUGUUUCUAGAACUUUGUGAAAGCAAAACCGACUGGGAUGACACAUUGGAAGAGGAGCUGCUCACCAAGUGGAACAAACUAGUUUCAAACCCUCAAGAUGUCCAACCAUUCUGGUUAGAGAGAUGUUAUUUUAAAGAGCCACGGGAUAGAGUUGUUCGUUGCGACCUUCGUGGGUUCUGUGAUGCUUCGCUAAACGCAUACAAUGCAGUUGCCUACCUUAAAAUCAAAACAACCUCUCAAACCUACACUAGAUUUCUAGCUUCGAAGACAAGAGUAGCCCCACUGAGCAAGGAAACAAUUCCCAGAUUGGAACUUCUUGGAGAAGUCAUACUAGCCAGACUUAUCUUUGCUGUUAAAGCAGCUCUAGAAUGCGAAGUACUUAAGAAGAUCACCUGUUGA